AUGCAAAGCUCUCAAGAAAAGGCAGCGACUAAACGGAAGAAAGAAGGUCGCUCUCCGAGUCCAAAAAGGCCUCAGCCGUCAUUCAAGGCAUACGACGAUGAUCCUUUCGAUCAGUUCUCCGGCAAGGCUCCUCAGAAAGACCUCAUCAAGCUUCCAUCCUUGCCGUCUUCACCUUCCGGUAGCCCUCCGAGAUCGAAAUUUCAAAAGCAUUCGUCUCUCAGUCCCGGCGCAUCGCCUCGACGUACCACCAAGGCCAAGUUCAAGCACCCAUCUGGCUCGCUACCUGAGCCCCUGCGGAGUCCUAAAAGGGGGUCGGCAGAUCUUCUCGAUCUGGAAUCAAGCCAUGAGGCCCUUUAUAAAAGGCACAAGGGGGAGAAAGACUCAUUUUUGGAUAUCUCGGACCACUCAAUUUCUGAUAUCGACACAGAGACACGGUGCCCAAUGUGUAGUGAGAUUGUUGAAAACGCUCUCCUGGAGGGCUUUUCAGGGGGUGCACGGCUACAUAUUCGCAUGCAGAUUCAAUUCUGUCGACUGCACAAAAAGAAGUCAGCCGAGGAUGCAUGGGAUGCCCGAGGAUACCCCAAGAUCGACUGGGAAAUUCUUGGUUCCCGGCUUGCAACUCAUUACGACUUCCUUCGGAAAAUCAUCAACGGCGGCUCGUCUCACUACGCUUCACUAUUGGUCGACAAAGUGAAGGAAGGCAAGGACCGGACGUUGCUGAAAGCAGAGGACAGCCUGACGCCUGGAUACUACGGUCCACGUGGCCUACGUGCAAUGUCAGAAAGCAUCAUUGGCAAUUUCUCGUCGAUUUUGAGGGAGCGAGCUGUGGAAGACCGUGUCAUAUCAUCGCGUGGAUAUUCCAGUUAUGUGGAGGCAGUCUUGGUUCCCGAGUUGGCCGUUCAGUUGAUCUGCGAGGACAUGGAGGUCAAGAUAGACGAAGCAAGAAAGAUCCUCAAGGAAAGCAAGUGGAUUGGCGAUUUGCUCCAUGAUGAUGCUGGGGAUACGGUUGAUCAGCUGAGCGACGAUGAACAGGUAGGAGGACACUGA